GUGUUUCUUUUUUCUUCAUCUCUCUCUCUCUCUCCACAACCACGCGCCGCCGCGAUGAUGAUGAGCAUCGUUGAUCACGAACUCCCCGACUAUACCCACAACCUCUACGACGUCACAUUCUACGAGAACACCAUCUCCACCAUAGUUACAAACACACCAUCCUAUGUCGACUCGUGGAUCGCCGAAAUCGAACGCAUCCACCGCCGCCAUCUUCACCGCCUCAUCGUCGGACUCGAUGUCGAGUGGCGUCCUAACCAAUCCCGGAACUCCGAUAACCCAGUGGCCAUUCUCCAACUGUGCGUAGGCAAACGAUGUCUGGUGUUUCAGAUCCUCCACUCCCCUACAGUCCCUGAAUCUCUCAAGAAUUUCCUCCGCAACCCCUCCUACACCUUUGCUGGGGUGGGGAUCGAGAGCGAUGUGGAGAAACUUACGGUGGAUUACAACCUGGUGGUUGCGAAUAUGGCUGAUGUAAGGGCGUUGGCUGCGGUCAAGUAUGGUGUGAGGGAGCUCCAAAAUGCAGGGUUGAAGAGCUUAACGAUGACGGUUCUUGGGAAGGAGAUAAGCAAGCCGAAGGGUGUUACGAUGAGCAGAUGGGAUAACGAAUGGCUGACUCCGGCGCAGGUUCAGUAUGCGUCCAUCGAUGCAUUCUUGAGUUUUAAGAUCGGGAGGACUGUGAUUUCUGGGAAUCAGAACUGAUUCAAAAUCGCAAUCGAUGAUCAUACAAGGUACGGAUUCACAAGAAGAAAUCAGUAGUUGAUGUUUGUUUGAAUAGAUAUGAUUUUGAUUGCUUGAUGGUUGAAUGAUCUGGGUUUAGAAAUCGAUUCUGUAGAUGGUUUGAAUCUGUUGGUAUUUUAGUUGAAUUUUGGCCCAAAUUAAUCACAAACACCAUCAGCCGUUGACCUAAUGGAUCAUCGAUUUCCAUAUCAAAA